AAAGUUUGAAGUUUACCCAAAUUUUGGAAGUGAUUCAAAUUGAAAAGCUGAUAAAUUAUUAUUUGAAGAUAAAUUCCAAGAAAAUGGUGAUACUCUCUAUGGCAGAAGGGAAUGGCGAAUUAGGUUUGGAAGAAUCAAUGAAAAUUGAGCCUGAUUCGGAGGAACGAACAGAGGACUUCAAAAAAUUAAUCGAAUAUGGCCUAGAUGAGAAAGUAGCAAUUAAACUCGAUGAUAUUUAUAAGACGGGAAAAUUGGCACACGUCGAUUUGGAUGAACGAGCUUUGGAUGCGCUGAAGGAAUUUCCAGUCGAUGGAGCUUUAAAUGUAUUAGGACAAUUUUUAGAUUCCAACUUAGAACAUGUUUCAAAUAAAUCCGCCUAUCUAUGUGGUGUUAUGAAAACGUAUCGUCAAAAAAGUAGGGCAGGUUCUACGCAAGGACCUGCCACUCCCGCCACAAUUCCUGCCAAAGGCCCGGAUGAAGAUAAGAUUAAAGCAAUUUUAGAACGUACUGGAUAUACCUUGGAUGUUACAACCGGACAACGAAAAUAUGGAGGACCACCGCCGGGUUGGGACGGUUCUACUCCUGGAACCGGCUGUGAAGUGUUUUGUGGCAAAAUACCCAAGGAUAUGUACGAAGACGAAUUAAUUCCGUUAUUCGAAGAAUGCGGCGUUAUUUGGGAUUUGCGGUUAAUGAUGGAUCCCAUGACUGGUACUAAUCGAGGGUAUGCUUUUGUCACCUUUACAACUCGUGAUGCUGCCCAAUCUGCCGUCCAGAAGCUGAAUGAUUAUGAGAUACGAAAAGGCAAAAAGAUUGGUGUAACGAUAUCUUAUAACAAUCACCGGUUGUUUGUGGGCUAUAUUCCCAAGAACAGGGAUCGAGAUGAUCUCUUCGAAGAGUUUUCCAAACAUGCACCUGGUUUAAUGGAGGUCAUCAUCUACAGUUCGCCAGACGACAAGAAGAAAAAUCGCGGAUUUUGUUUUCUCGAGUACGAGUCCCACAAGGCGGCUUCCUUAGCCAAGCGGCGUCUCGGAACUGGACGUAUCAAAGUGUGGGGUUGUGAUAUUAUAGUAGAUUGGGCAGAUCCACAAGAAGAACCCGACGAGCAGACCAUGUCUAAAGUCAAAGUACUUUAUGUGCGUAAUCUCACUCAAGAAAUUUCGGAGGAAAAGUUAAAGGAAACGUUUGAAAAUUUCGGAAAAGUUGAAAGAGUUAAAAAAAUAAAGGACUAUGCAUUCAUUCAUUUUGAAGAGCGCGAUCACGCAAUUAAGGCGAUGGAAGACUUAGACGGAAAAGAAAUGGGAGGUUCACAUAUAGAAGUUUCGCUAGCCAAACCACCUUCGGAUAAGAAAAAGAAAGAAGAAAUAUUACGUGCCAGAGAAAGAAGAAUGAUGCAAAUGAUGCAAGUUAGGGGAGGUAUGAUGCCAGGUAGUGCUAUGCCAAUGCGAGGACCGCCAGGACAAACGCCUAGGCCUGGUGGAGGAAUGAGAGGUGCAAUGGGUCGUGGUGACUAUGAUUAUGAUUACGACUAUUACGGGUAUGGGGAUUAUCGAGGCGGCUACAGUGAUCCCUAUUAUGAUGACUAUUACCGGUAUGAAGAUUACUAUUGUGAUUAUCCGCCGGCACCGCCACAAGCUAGAGGGAGAGGUCGGCAGCCACAAUCGGAACUGGACGACGGAAGCACAUUGAAUUCUACCAGUCUAUACUAUGAAGUGAACAGUGGGACGCAGGCUGGCCGUGGGCGUGGGGUGGUGGCACGUGGCCGGGUCGGUGGGCCCCCGGCCCGUGGGGCGGCGGCCAACCGGGCGGGCCGGGGCGGAGCAGUAGGGGUUCGUGGGGCAGCACGGCAGCAGCCCGCCCGUGGGGGGGCCCGCGCCAAGGGAAGUUUACCAGGUAAGCGGAAGUUAGACGGGGGUCACCAGAACCAGGGGGAGUCAAAGCGCAGAUACCAGAGCAACUGGGGCAGCCAGCCCCUGGCGCAGCAGCCGCUGGGAGCAGCGGGUGUUAAUGGAGAGCAGCAGUGGUACCAGGAUUCAUACGCGUCCUGGAGCUAAGUGAAGGACAGUGUGGCCCGCGGUGAACUGAGUGCGAGUGGCCCUGCGUCUGGGCAGUGGGGGAGGGUGCGCACCCUACAUGCCUGGUGUGCGCCUAAGCCCGAGGUAGUGGAACCCAUACCAUUUAAUAAUAACAGCUGAUGGUGUCCCCAUACCUUUCUGCAAUUAGUUUUUUUUUAUACUCUUGUUGAUUUGGUUUAGUCAUUGUGUUUGAUUUUUCAAAAUUUUUUGAAAAUUACUUUUGUUUGCUUCCGAUACACAGAUUAAAUUGUUUUAAGUUAUUGUGUUUAAAUGUUGUUAUUUGCGGCCUUGCGUCCCCUCGUUCUGGAGACUACAUCAUGGGGACGCCGCCCAUUUUAAUUAAUUGCCAGAUGGCGUUGCCCUCUGGUGUUAUAGGUGUUAUUUUUUUUAAUUGUGUUUUACUUAACCCUGACAUCCCAAGUGUCACAUCUUUUGCAUCUUUGUUUGAGUUUAGUUUCUUUCAGCAAAUUGUUUCAUAUAUAUAAAUAUAUUUAUGUAUGUUUGAUGUAUUUCGUUAGACAAGCGUGGGUUUGGCACUGUUAAGGUGUGGCAGUUAACUUGAAGUGUUGGCUGUAGCACCUGGGCAUGGAGGGAUUGCGCUCGGUUCAUGCAGUGACCUGAUUGACCAUUGCUCAUGAAACGAGUGAUUUUUUAAUUAAUGUAUCAUAUAAUUAUUUUUAUUCCUGCAAAUAAUGCAUUCUGCAUUGUGAUGUAUUUUAGCGGUAAUUUAAGGAGUCUUAAGCAUACUUCUGUUUCUGGUAGAAAUAUUUGAUCAGCUCCGUACAAUAUUACAGCUAAAACAUUCAUUAUUUGCAAACAUUUUUCUGAUAUCUUCAUUGCUUUUGCUUCCCCAUCAUGUCCGUCAACAUUCUGUAAUAAUUUUAGUGUGCUGUAGCCAUGAUACAAUUGAAAAAAAACUGUUUGUUACAUCAUAAUUACCGAUUCUUACUGGAGCGAUUAUAUAUUAUAUUAUAAAGCUUCAAUAUGGGAAUUAUCAAUCAAAGAAAGGACUGAUUUACAUGUCUCAAUAAACAGUUGUAUGUGUAUUACA